UGUGACGUCAUUCUCCUGCGACUGAGCCGGCCGGGAGGUUCCGUGUCGUGGGCUGUCUCCCGCGUGAACAUCUAGAGCAGCUUCUCCUCGGCGGCGUCUGACCUGGGCGCAAAGGGAAAGCGGCGAGAUGACUGACCGCUACACUAUCCACAGCCAGCUGGAGCACCUGCAGUCCAAGUACAUCGGCACGGGCCACGCCGACACCACCAAGUGGGAGUGGCUGGUAAACCAGCACCGCGACUCCUACUGCUCCUACAUGGGCCACUUCGACCUUCUCAACUACUUCGCCAUUGCGGAGAAUGAGAGCAAAGCGCGAGUCCGCUUCAACUUGAUGGAGAAGAUGCUGCAGCCUUGCGGACCGCCAGCCGACAAGCCGGAGGAGAACUGACACCCCCGUCUCGUCACUGCUGCGCGGGAGCGUGUCCCGAGUUCCUCCCGUUUGCCGUUACUCCCGCGUGUUCCUGCCCCGAAGUGGACCGAUUCUCCAUUGCUCCUGUUUCUCGCGCCUUCCUCGUGCAGAAGUGCGUAGCUGAGGCCGUCCCGCCUGACCUGCUUUCCUGUGGACCCUUAGGAACAGCGUUGGGAGACUGUCAGGACCCGGAGAACUGAGACGGUGGAGAGGUCCUAAACCAGCAAAGGGGAGGGGGGGGGGAAGGAACUGGGAUCAGACGGGAUUUGGAGGCUCUUUUUUGGCUAGUUGAUUGUCGUUUCUUUUUCCAUAAAGUCUAGAAGUUUUUCAAUCA